CGUAGUAGUGAGUGCCAUGGAGCCCGCGAGUCCUCUCCGCGGUCACGCCACUUUUUUUUUGCUUAUCGCCGUGGUUCUGGCGCAAGCCGUUACCUCCGAAAACCAGCAGAGCUGCCACCACUACGCCGGGGGCCAUGUGUAUCCGGGGGAAGCUUUCCGAGUGCUGGGCGCCGACCACUCGCUGCAUCUCAGUAAAGCCAAGAUUUCGAAACCGGCACCAGAUUGGGAAGGUACAGCAGUAAUAAAUGGAGAAUUCAAAGAACUGAAACUUUCAGAUUUUCGAGGCAAAUACCUUGUCUUCUUUUUCUACCCACUGGAUUUCACAUUUGUUUGUCCCACUGAAAUAAUAGCCUUCAGUGACAGAAUAAAUGAGUUCAGAUCGAUUAAUACUGAAGUAGUGGCGUGUUCUGUUGACUCUCAGUUUACGCACUUGGCAUGGAUAAAUACACCAAGAAAACAAGGUGGACUAGGACCAAUGAAGAUUCCACUCCUCUCAGAUCUUACACACCAAAUUGCAAAGGAUUAUGGUGUGUAUUUGGAGGACCAAGGGCAUACACUUAGAGGCCUUUUUAUUAUCGAUGACAAAGGAGUACUAAGGCAAAUAACAAUGAACGAUCUUCCGGUGGGUCGGUCAGUGGAUGAAACACUUCGAUUAGUUCAAGCAUUUCAGUAUACUGACACACAUGGUGAAGUUUGCCCAGCUGGUUGGAAACCUGGAAGUGAUACGAUCAAACCAGAGGACAUCAUGAAAAAGUGGUGGCCACGAGAAGACUUAUAAUUCCAGAUCCAGCUGGAAAACUGAAGUAUUUUGAAAGAGAACGUUAAAUCUAACGACAUGUUUUUAAAUCAACGUGACUGAAACAAUAAACUGACCUGUAAUGUG